AGACCCUCAUUGUCCCCCUAGUCAAACAGGAAGUAGGCAGAGCAGAGAUACACAGUGCAUGAUGUGAACGUAAACAUAUCGGGUAAGAGGUACUAAAGGGAAAAUGAUAGACCCAGCGAUAUUUGCCUUUUUAAAAGAUGACAAAGGAGAAAGGUUUACCUCUUGGAUGAUGUCCCUUCCAACAGAAUGGAGAAGAUACACGUCAUCUAAGCAAAAACCUUUUAGGGAAGGUCUAGGGAAGUUCCAUACAAUAUACAUCGGGUAUCUGCAGCAUAGAGAGAAGAUGGAAAAAGCCCUUAAGGUCAAGUCUGAUAUUCACCAAUCCCAUUACGUUUGGGAUAUCGAUGAUGCAAACUUUGACAAUUUUAUUUUAAAACAAACACAACCACAGGAAGCGAACAUUAGACAAGGAGAAAAAGAAAGCGAUCUUCAAAGGGCUCUAUUUGAAUGUAUGAAUAAUUGUUUGGCUGUAAAGAAGGAGUUAGUGGAACUGUCUGACAAAGUUGCGGUUAAUAAUGGAAAACCUACUACACUUCCAUUGAAGAAAUGGCUGAACUUGCAUGUAGAAGUCAGACGUCUGAUUAAGAGGGAACCAGCGAACGCAUUACCAUAUGUUAUCGACCUUUUCUGCCAUUCAACAAUAACAAAUCAAAGGAUUUUGAAAGAAAACGUGUCAUUGAAAGAAGAAAACAAGUCCUGGAAAAGAUUGGAAGAAGACUUUUACAAAUUACAGAAAAGAAAUUUCGAAAUCCAAGAAAAACGUGCAAAAGAAGUUGAAGAACUCAACUGCGUAAAACAAGAACUGGAUAAAGCAAAACAACAACUGGAUAAAGUAAACAAAGACGCAAUCCGCCUAUGGAAGGAAAAGGAACAUUACCUGAGGGAACUGAGGGAUACCAACAUUAACGAACUGAGAAAUCAGAUUGGAGCGGAGCAAGCAAAGGUGUCGGAACUGACAAAGAAAUGCCAGGUCAUUUCGAAAGAGAAAGAACAGCUACUUACAAGAUUAAGCGAAGUAGCAGGAGCAAAAUUGAAGAGCAAUAACCCCGCCAUUACAGACCUAAGUGAUGAAAAUAGACCACUCAAGCUAGCCGAAAAAUUCAGCCAGAUAUACGACGACGAUUGGACCGAUUCUCUAGAAGAGAUAACUAAAAUUGGAGUAGACGAAGAGACGUCCAUCAGCUUUCUAUUACGUAUUGUGAUGACUGCUUUCGAACUUUGCUCCAGAUCACAGUUCGCUUGUUUCGAUUUAAGUGACUGCCAGAAGGUGAUAUGGUGUGACGAGAACGUGAAACAGCAUGUAUUGCACGAAAUUAAAUUGUCAGAUGCUGCAAGGCUAGAAAUGGAAACUAAGAUCAAAGAAUGUAGACACGCUAGUCGAAAAGACCUCAUUUCUACAAUGCAAAUGAGAUUUCAAAUUAUUUUGAAAGACAUGGUAUGUGACUUUGUUAGGAAACAUUACGUCAGCCGACCACCGUUGAAAAAGCCAAAACUAAACCAAUCGAAAGUUGAAGAUAUUGAAGUAAACGAAGGCGAAAUGAGGAAAAACGCUAGUCAUGCAGAUUCUGAACAUAGCAUGAAACGCACAACUUCGAGAUCUUUGUCUGUUGAAUGCAAAUCAGGUAUCAACAAUGAGAUUCCAACUGAUGAAAAUUGGGUAUUUACCAAAACAUUUUCCUCACCUAAGCUUGGCAAGAAAGACGAAUACAGACUCACACAAUCAGCAAGAGGAGAUUUCCUGAAACCUUGUUAUGAAAAUUAUAAAGAAGAAGGAUUCUCUCUGGAAAGAGCAGAAAUUGAAAAAUUGUUCUUUGAUCCAAUGAAGAGCAAAACAGCUUCAGAAAAUACACUAGAGGAUUUCCCAAAGACCAAUCAUUUUGCUAACAGUUGUGUCGAAAUAUGUUGGUUAAUGCAACUGAUACAGCCACCCGUACACCUGAGCGCCAGAAUUCCAGAAAACAGAGAAAGGAAGCAAGAUGUAUUCAAAGAUGUAUUCAAAGCAUAUACAAAAUCAGGACAGAUUAUCAAUUACAUUGUAUGGCCAGCGAUGUAUUUACAUAAAGAUGGGUCUCUGCUUUCAAAAGGCGUAGCACAGCCCAAGUGAAAUAUUUCAAACUUCCAAAAAUAUUACUUUGAAAGAUUGCCUGUGUUGCAAGGAUCACUGAGCAUUUCACAUCAGGUUAUGAUAACUAGAGAAUAGUACCCGUUACCAGAACAAUAAGUGGGUACUCUUACACUGCGUGGGAGUUAUUGUUUUGCAUGUAUAUCAUUAACAUAUCAUUUAUUCCUUUGCAUCUUCAUUCAGUUUGGACAGUUUAAAUGUUGCAGACAGUGAUGUUGUCACACUGUAUGACCCCUGUGUCUCCAAACCUUACAAAUAGUAUGCCAUAUAAAGGGCGGGUGUGACCGGUCAUGAAGGGGAAAAGAUUACUCAAAUGAAAGAUUUACAGAAUCGCUUUUAGUUUGGCAUAGUUGUAAAACGUGAGUCUGCACGUCUGUGUCCAGUUCGAAGUUCCUCAAAAAAGUUGUACUUCGAUUAAUCACAUUAAAAGACUGGCAUAGCGUGGUAAUUUGAUAUCCCUUUUAUUGUAUGUAUGUGUUUUAUUCAGAAAAACAACCAUGUUAUAUCUAUUUACAACAUGUGAUUAACAAAAUGCAAGACGUGGUGGCAACAGUGACUUUAGCAGAAGGUGAUGGGUAAACAGUUUUUAAAUCAACAAAAAGUUUAAUAAAUACAUGAACAUAUCUAACAAUUUCCAAUAAAUUACCAUUGAAACCA